AUGUGGAACGCCAAUGGCGUGCACAACCAUGAAGUAACACUGUUUCUGAAUGAUAACCAUAUCGACAUUAUGCUACUGGAAGAGACGCACCACACAAACAAAUACAACUUCCAAGUAAGAGGAUACACUCUUUACCGCACAGAUCAUCCAGAUGGUAAGGCCCACGGCAGAGCCGGCAUCCUAAUCAGGGAACGCAUCAGGCACCACUUUCACCGAAGUUUUGCAACUAAAUAUGUUGAUGAACUUUUAUAUUGGUCUGGUCGUAGAAUGAUUUUGAAUGAGUACUUACAAGGAGAUUUGACGCCAAGAAGGUUACCACCGUCUUGGGUAACUACUCAAAAAUUUGUGUUUCAAUCAGAUGAGGGAGGGCUGGAUAUCUUAGACACAGCUGCCAACUUAAUAAGCGUAUUGGUAACUAACCACACUCUUCGUCAAUUAAAUGUUCAAGGAUAUCUAUGCUCACACGACCUUAAAUAUGUUUUAUUUAAGCACAAUGUAAAAAAAAAUUUUCAGAAGUCGUUUACUGCGUUUUAUACUAUAUAUGAUGUGAAAAAUGACCACCACAUCCCCGUAAAAUUAAAAGACUCCAUUAAUAUAGAAAGAACUCGUAUUCAAUAUGCAACAUGGCUUGGCAAUACGUCUGCAAUAAUAUAUGUCGUUCAAAACGAUAUAUUUAUCCGACAAACACCUUUAACGGAUACGGAUAUAAGAAUAACGUCAUCGGGAUCUGAAAACCAAAUAUAUAAUGGUGUAUCUGAUUGGCUUUACCAAGCGAUGUCGACUGAGAAAUGUCCGUCUUUAUAA